UGAUCUUUGAAAUGCACAGAAAAAUACUGCAGUUCCUCGUCUUCUUUUAUUAAGUUUAGAAGGGUUUUCCUGUGUGUGCUAAACGCUGGGCAUUCUCCAACAAAAUGUACAACACUUUCCAGUUCGGAGUGGCAGAACUUGCAGGACUUUGUGGUACUUUGAUUCAGAGAGAAUAACCUUCUAUUCGUUGGGUAUGUACUGCAGGAUAAUUGAGCUCUGAUGGACAUAGCUUCCCUCAGGAGAGGGCUGGAGACUUGCUUUGGGUAAUAAUUCUUUUUAUCACGUUGGGUCAUGCCCGACCAUAGACUUAGAGAAGAUUUUUUAGCAAUUGCAAUUUCAAGGGCAGCAUAGUGUUGUUUAUAAAUUUUUCCCAGUGCUAGCUUCUUCCAUACUUUAUAUGGAAUGCGAUCUCUAAGGAUGUUAGGGAGACUUGGAAGCUCAUAACUAUUGAGGAUUUUUAUCCAGCGUCUUACCAAAGGUGUAUUGUAUGCUAUACCAUUAAACAGGAUUCUUCUCUCAGUGCGUUCGUCUGAAAGGCUUGCAUAUUGCAUUAGGGGACUUACAAUGCAAAAUCCCCCCGUCGGGGCUCUUCAAUUUUUGUCUUUAAUGAAAAAAACUUUUGAAAAUUAACGCGACCGAAAUGCAAAUUAAUAUUCCCUCUUCCCUCUUGCCAAAAAAUGGGGAAAAUCAAGUUAAAUGGAACAAAAACAGUGACUUACCUCGGCUGUCGCGCAACUUCACUGCCCUGUUUUAUUCGAACUUAAUACACAUAAACAUAUGGCCAUUGAGUCCCCUGUACAGAUCGCGCUAGAACGUCGGUCUCCGUAUUUGGUGAGUGAAGCCAACGGAGUUCAGGGGCCGAUUGCACGAAAGGGUCUUUGCAAGGACCGUCUUUCGUGUCGCCCAUCUUUUAUGAUACGCCACACUCAUUCAAUGAACAAGGUUAUGAUAUAACCUUGUUCUCAGUUAUAUCUCCAUGUGUGGCAAAAUAAGGAUGGCAAUGUUUGGCUUAUUUUCUCUUUUUCUUUGGGACAAAUGCUUGAUUUUUUUACACUGACAGUUUUCAUUACACCUAUUCGUCAUACAACUUGGCCCUUAAGUAAAUUUGAUUCUUUAAAUUAUUUUUUUCUCAAUCAAAAAAAGAGAUAAAAAAUGAAAAUUUUCUUGCCAUAUUAUUUUCCACCAAUAGAGGGCGUACACAAAAAUAUGCCCAAAAUUCAAGUUUUUGAGCGCUCUAGUGAAUUCAAAAAUUAUUCCCAAAUCACUAAUGAAAAAUAAAUUGCAAUUGUACGGAAAUUAGUAAUUUUGGUCACAAAAGUGAUAUUUUAAUCAUUUUUUUAAGUGUGUGCUCUGUACAGCAUUGGCAUGCCAUAGUCCAACCUGUAGAUUCCCCACAGGCAGGGUGGUUGCAGUGAACAAGUGAUACGCCAUGUGAAACGCAUUUCAAAUAAAUUAUCUGCAAAUAUAUUUUAUUUGUCCGUUAGAAUAAACAAAAAUAUUUUUUUAUAAAAUGAUGUGAUAUCUCAUGAAAUUGUAUAAAAUUUGAUUUAAAAGCUAGCUUACGAAUUUCAUUUGUUUAUCAUAACUUUCAGAAACACCCCGCUUAUAGCGCAUCAUAAAAGAUGGGCGACACGAAAGACGGUCCUUGGAAAGACCAUUUCGUGCAAUCGGCCCCAGCUGAACGACCAACAUAACAGAGACCGAAGCUUUUGGUCUAUAGUUGCACGUGCUUUACAAUCAUAUAAUAAGCAACUAAAGUUACCGGUAUCAUGGCCGAAAAUCCACCAAAAGAAAAAAAGCGAAAAGUAUCUGGAGAAGAAUAUGAACGAGAUGCCUUGCAGAGUUUUAGAGGAUUCAAAAUAAAGCGAAUUUUGAAUCAGAAUUUGUCAUCUAAAUCCGUUUUCUUACUGGGCCACAUCGAUCCACAGGCACAGGGAUCUGCAGGUGCUGGUGAACCAAGUGGAUGUGGAGGAACAGUCGCGGGAGGAGCGGCCCCGACUGGCACAGGCGACGAAGAAGGUGCAGCGGAAGGCAAAGGCAUCAAGCCAAACCAAACCCGGCUACAGGCCGUUGUAUUGCUUGAAAAGACUGCAUUUACAGAAGACCUGUUACCCAAUUUGAUGUCAGAAAAAUCUGCUCUCAAUCGUUCCAUGCAGAAUGAUAUUUACGGUGUAUAUGAAUGCUUUCCACCCAAGGAAUUGUCGGGAAUAAAAACAACUUUGAUAUAUCCUGCUACUGAGAAACACAUCCAGAAAUACUCUGCUCAAGAUGUUCAUCUCAUCAAUGAAUCAUACAAGGAUUACAUGAAUAUGACACUACCAUACAUUGAAGAGAAGCAGUUUAAUAUUCAGGUAUCUUAGAUAAACAUUCAUUGAGGGGUUGAUUCAGCCCCCCCCCCCCCAAAAAAAAAAAAAAAAAAAUAUCUUGACUGAUGACAGCUUGAUUGUGAAUUGGCAUGCUCAUUAUCUGUGGCAUAGAUCAGAGUCGAUCCUAAAAAAAAAUCUAACUUAUUAAUCAUGCAACUUUAUGCAUAGAAUCAAGUUUGGUCUAAUGAUUAUAAUGAGGCCCCUAAACCUCAAAUUCUUUGCUUACUCUUUAUAAGACUGAUAAAAUAUAUGAAUAAAAAUCGGCAUGAAUUCAUGCAUUUCUUUGUUUUCAACAUUGUGUAUUUUAUUGGGUUUUUAUAAUAUACCUCUGUAACAGUGUCAAAAUAAAAUAUAACUCUCUCCAAUCUUCUAUGCACUCCUGUUCAAAUCAAAUUUACAAUGCUCUUCUAUGAAAAAAUAAUCUAAACCUAACUGAAGAAGGGUGAACAAAGAAUAACUCCGAUGUGAACAAGAUGAAGUCCUAGUCGGCACUGACUUUACUUUUUUUAAAGCACAUUUGCCAAUGCACUCACAUUAAUCAACUCUACCAAUCAAGUAAAAGCAAAGUGGUAUAGACCACAAAAUGAACUAACCCUAUUAAAAAAUGAAAACCAAUUAAAGCACAGAGAUGAGUGAUGAUGAGGUGGAACUGAAUAAUAAUGAGAACUAAACAAUGAGGCCAUGUGGAGUCAAAACUCAAAAGGGAUGGAAAACUAGAAAGCGUUACUGAGGGGAAAAUGAAUGAUGAACCUGGUGAAGUGCUGUUGCUAUGACAAAUGAACAAUGUAUUGGGAUAGUGGAGAUGGAAUGAAGGUGACACAACAUUUGCUCCUGCGACAGUUGCUCCAGGCUGUAUUUCGUCUAAGAUAUAGGGUUAGCCGUUAGGGUUGCAUUUUAGGUGUAGGAUAGGGUAUAGUGUUGAAUUCAUGGCUUAAGUUGGCGAUUCCAUUAGUGCAUGGAAUUCACAGUGGAGCAAUUGUCACCAGAGAAAAAAUUUGACCGUUACACUUUUUUACUAAUUUGAAUUUUACAUAUAAAGUCAAACAAAUUACUGUGGUCCCUAGAGAUUAAACCUGGGCAAAUUUUCCUGUAUUCUGACAGAUAUUGGGGAUGAUAAUGGUGGUGUAUUUUCCUGUAUUCUGACAGAUAUUUGGUAUGAUAAUGGUGGUGUAUUUUCCUGUAUUCUGACAGAUAUUGGGGAUGAUAAUGGAGGUGUAUUUUCCUAUAUUCUGACAGAUAUUGGGGAUGAUAAUAGUGGUGUAUUUUCCUGUAUUCUUACAGAUAUUGGGGAUGAUAAUGGUGGUGUAUUUUCCUGUAUUCUGACAGAUAUUGGGGAUGAUUAUGGUGGUGUAUUUUCCUGUAUUCUGACAGAUAUUGGGGAUGAUUAUGGUGGUGUAUUUUCCUAUAUUCUGACAGAUAUUGGGGAUGAUAAUAGUGGUGUAUUUUCCUGUAUUCUGACAGAUAUUGGGGAUGAUAAUAGUGGUGUAUUUUCCUGUAUUCUGACAGAUAUUGGGGAUGAUUAUGGUGGUGUAUUUUCCUGUAUUCUUACAGAUAUUGGGGAUGAUUAUGGUGGUGUAUUUUUCUGUAUUACAGAUACAGUAUUGCUCGGAAUAAAGUUGACGCAUUACCGCGCUGUACCGCGUAAGUCGAUGUGAAAUCGGGUCACGCGCGAUUACCACCAGAAAAUUUCCAUCGGCGUGAGUCGCACUCUGAGAGAAAUUACCAUGGUAAUGUACCACGAGAUUUUUUAAUGAAAAUCUUGUGUAUUACCGCGAUAAUACCGCAGAAGGAGGGACGAUCUUCUGUCGUAGAGACAUUGAUUUGAUAAUUAAUAAAAUGUCACAAUUUGGACAACUCACAUGGCUCGAAUUAGCCCUCCUGACUUGCCGCGAUGUCUCUCUCGAAAUUACGAUACUUGGCAGCAACUUAUUGCCGUAAGAUGCCGUCUCCUCGAAACCCAAACAAAAAUGUCAUGGCUUGAUGUUGAGCUUUGCGCGAGAGCACAAUUUUAAUGCACGCUCGUAUCAUCGCCCUCAAAUUGACAUCUUUCUGAACUUCGUUGAGCGAAAGUCGGGUCGAGAUGAGAUCAUGUACUUUCUGGGAUAAGUAGUGAAUAGUUAUAAGAAAAAAAAGGAGCACCCAAGAUAAGAAGGGACAGAGUCGAGCAAGAGAAGGAGAGAGCGAAAGAUACGAGAGACAGAUGGAGGGGGAAAAUGAUCAAGAGAGAGAGAGAGAGCAAAAGAUAAUGGAGAGAAAGGGGGGCUAGAUUAAGCAAGAGACACCGAGGCUGGAAAAAACAGACCUAUUGUUUAUUUCCUUAUAUUCCUUUACCGUCAUUCUCUUACUCUGUUCACAACCAUAAUGAUUUAAUUUUCAUAUUUUCAGUGCAUUAUUGCCCAACAUUCUUCCACCGUUAUUAUGAUAUAAGGAAUGAUAAACUCCUUUCUGUCUCCCACCACUCGAUCAAGUCACAAAAACACAGCAUGUAGAGGGCUUAAUUUGAUUGCACCACGAAUGUCCUUGAUUACUCAUGCUUAAUUACAAUCAGUGUUCUUUUCCCUUGUUUCCUCAUAUUCUAUUUUUUAUCGUUUUUUAUGUUGAUAUAUUUCCAUUUGACCCAUGUCUCACUCUUGAAUUUCUACUCUAUCGCUAUCUCAGCUCACUUCUCCCUCGAUUCCUACCCUUUUUUUCUCCUCCACACUUCUCAAUCCUUUUGACUCUUUUUUUUGUGUGUGUGAGUAAUAUUGCAAAGCUCAUUCUAUCUUAUGCGACGCUCUAGCUGGUGUUUAUGAACAAAGAAAAAAUAAUUUUUUGAGUGUCAAUUUAUUGUCACCGGAUUGUCAUAAUAAGCAUAUAUCUUUAUCAAUUUUUAUUAAUCUUCCUUCAUUGUUCGAAUGAUAGUGUUCAGAAUUUCUAUAUUCUCUCCUCUCACUGAAUCACGUCACCUCUGCUGUCAUUAUCUCUCUUGCUCGUGGUGGCGUACCUAGGGGGGCAAAUUCGUCCGCCAAAAAAUGUUGACAAGC